AUGAGGCGUCGCAAUAUCGUCAAGCAAAUUCUCAUGGAUUCGUCAUCGACCUCAUCCGAUGAUGACGAACUCAUUGUUGCUACAGCAUUCCAAGUGCACGAUGAAGAUCAACGUUUGAAUGUUCGACGCCAUGGCGGUUCCGUGCCAGGACAUCGAGUAAUUCAUCGCGGCAGAGAAGCCGGACAUGCGAGACUAUACCAAGACUACUUUUCAGAGGAUCCCACCUACGGCCCGGCUAUUUUUCGGCGCAGAUUUAGAAUGGCCCGUUCUCUGUUUCUUCGUAUAGUACAAUCUGUAGUAGAGCAUGAUAGCUAUUUCAUGCAAAAAAGAAAUAGUGCUGGGAUUCUUGGGUUAUCUCCUUUGCAGAAGAUUACCGCUGCAUUUCGCAUGCUAGCUUAUGGAGUACCAGCGGAUGCUACAGAUGAAUUUAUUCGGAUUGGAGAAAGUACUGCUAUAGAGAGUCUUAAAAGAUUUGUACAAGCUGUUGUGGAAGUAUUUAGUGAUGAAUAUCUGAGAUCUCCAAAUAAUAUUGAUACUGCUAGGUUACUUGAAAUGGGAGAAGCAAGAGGUUUUCGGGCCGAAGGACAAGCUCCAGAAGUAAAUUACACCAUCAAUGGUCACAACUAUACAAUGGGCUAUUACUUGGCAGAUGGCAUAUAUCCACCAUGGGCAACUUUUAUGAAGACAAUAACAUCUCCGCAAGGGAAUAAGAAAAAACUUUUCUCGCAAGCUCAAGAAGGUGUUAGGAAGGAUGUUGAACGAGUAUUUGGAGUUCUACAGGCUCGUUUUGCCAUUGUUCGUGGACCAGCAAGGUUUUGGGAUCAAGAGACACUCGGACAAAUCAUGACGGCUUGCGUCAUCAUGCAUAAUAUGAUAAUUGAAUAUGAGCGGGAAGACUUCGAUUACGAUCAUGAGCCGAAAAACUUCCAUUACGAUCAUGAGGGAGAAAGAGUGAUAAUUGAAGAUGAGCACACCCCUGAGCUGUCUCAAUUUAUGGAGUUUAUUAAGAACAAUCAUGAUAUCAGGGACCGACAAGCUCACUCUCAACUUCAAGAUGAUCUAGUCGAGCACCUAUGGCAACUAUAUACAGAGUCGUAG